AUGGCAUUUUUAUCGGAAACCAGAUUUACACCAAAGUUCUAUGGGUUAUUGCCAGACCCAACAGAUCCCAGAAAUCUACUUAUUGCCAUGGAAAUGAUUGGAUCAGGCAUGACUUUGAGAAAAAAGAUUGAGGAGAACACACCAACUGAGAGACAGAAGCUAUCGAUAUCAUUGCGCCUCAGUAUAGGACUUCACACCAUUCAUGACAAGAACGUUCUGUUGAACGACCAAAAAGACGACAAUGUUAUUGUUUAUUCGUUAAAUGGAACAGUGUUCCAGGCAAAAUUUAUUGACUUCGGGCACGCAUCAUGUGGAUUUGAGAAGCGGUAUGGUGGCAAUGCCACAACGAACGCCAGAUGCACUCACUUAGCUCCUGAAGUCAGAGCAGGAGAACCAACCAAGGCUUCCUCUGAUGUUUACAGUCUUGGAUUUGUAAUGGCUCUGUUUCGGAUCGACAAACUAGCUAACAUUGUGAGUCAAUGCAUGGGUCAUGAACCUGGUCAGCGACCCUGCUUACCUAUUGUCGUGAGGAAUCUGAUGGAUUUGAUGUAA